AUGAGGAGUUUGCUUGCGAUUGCAUCUUUGACGACGGGAAAUAGGUUUGGUCAUCGGAGUCUUCUUCAGAAAGGUAACCCUAGAACUGCUCCUACUUCGUUUGGCCAUUGCAGUUUAUGUUGUUACCGGGUGCGAGCUUAUGCUAGCCUCAGUGGUGAUUACAGAGAGAUAUUGAGUAGAAAUGGGAUGAGUGAUAUUAAAUUAGACGAUGUUGUUGAUCUGUUCAGUGUUAUGGUCAAGUCUCGUCCUUUUCCUUCAAUCAUUGAGUUCAGUAAACUGUUGAGUGCUAUUGCUAAGAUGAAGAGGUUUGAUGUUGUCAUCUCUCUGGGCAAACAGAUGCAAAAUUUGGGAAUUUCACAUAAUCUCUAUACUUACAAUAUUCUCAUAAACUGUUUCUGCCGCCGCUCUCAACUCCCUCUUGCUUUAGCUAUUCUGGGAAAGAUGAUGAAACUCGGCUAUGAGCCCGAUGUUGUCACGCUUUCUUCUCUUGUCAAUGGAUACUGUCACAGUAAGAGGAUUUCAGAUGCCGUAGCUUUGGUUGAUCAGAUGGUGGCAAUGGGAUAUCAACCUAAUGCCGUUACAUUUAACACUCUGAUUCAUGACCUUUUUCUUCACAACAGAGCUUCUGAAGCUGUGGCCUUAGUUGACCGGAUGGUUGCCAAAGGCUGUCAGCCAGAUCUGUUUACUUAUAGUACAAUAGCUAAUGGAUUAUGUAAGAGAGGUGAUACUGAUUUGGCUUUAACUUUGCUCAUGAAGAUGGAGAAAGGGCAAAUAGAGGCUGAUGUUGUAAUUUACAACACAGUCAUUGAUGGUCUCUGCAAAUACAAACAUGUGAAUGAUGCUAUUGACCUGUUCAAUGAAAUGGAGACCAAUGGAAUCAAACCAGAUAUUUUUACCUACAGCUCCCUCAUAAGUUGCCUUUGUAAUUACGGACGAUGGAGCGAUGCCUCUCGUUUACUUACUUAUAUGAUCGAGAGGAGAAUCAACCCCAACGUCGUUACUUUCAAUGCUUUGAUCGAUGCGUUUGUGAAAGAAGGGAAGCUUUUAGAGGCGGAAAUUUUGUAUGAGGAGAUGAUCCGAAGACAAUAG